UACGGCAGGCGGUGUUUCCGACCAGCGCAGCCCCUCUGUCGGUUACGUCGUUCCAUAUCGAUUCCAGCCAUAGGAACAUCCCAGGUGGCUGUUGCUUUUAAUCCCCGCGACCAUCUGCUAGAGGCUGCUGUCGAGUUUUGCCUGUUCCAAAGCUACGUGGGAGAGGUAUCCGCCGCUUUCCGACUGCCAGAAAUCUGCAGGAGAGCUGUAAGCCCCACCUCGAUCAUAACCGUGAAAUCGCGGGGUUGGACAGAACAUUAAACCUUUCUAUUUCACAGACUCAAGAUGGCGUUGCCAAAGAGAAUUAUAAAGGAGACUGAGCGUCUCAUGGCUGAGCCAGUUCCUGGCAUCAACGCCGUACCUCACGAAGAUAACUUGCGUUACUUCGAUGUCUCCAUUCACGGACCGGCACAGUCUCCGUACGAAGGUGGCAUUUUCCGCCUCGAGCUGUUUUUGCCAGAGGACUACCCGAUGACUCCGCCCAAGAUUCGCUUUUUGACUAAGAUCUAUCAUCCCAACAUCGACCGCCUGGGGCGGAUUUGUUUGGACGUCUUGAAGAAUAACUGGUCUCCCGCUUUGCAAAUUCGCACGAUCCUUCUCUCUAUUCAGGCUCUGCUGGGAGCUCCCAACCCGGAUGACCCCCUUGCAAAUGAUGUUGCUCAACGCUGGAAGGAGGAUGAGCCAGCAGCGAUACAGACUGCCAAGGAGUGGACUAGAACCCAUGCGAUGACUUAGAUAAGAAAGGCGGAAAGGGCUCCACCCGCUAAACAAACUGUAAGAGCAGCAAUGUUGUGAUGUGACCAUGAGCAAAAGUACUGCGACAUUCUGCCUUCCUGGCAUUAUUUUAGGAUAGGCCUCGAUUCUUCGGGACCUUCCCUUCCAUACAAUGAGAAGGCAUCCCUAACCAUCAACCCUGGUUCGUUUCCCCGCGAGUGCUCAUGUAUGGUGAUAGAGCUGUGGCUCAUUCAGAUAUGUGGUAUAGGCAUUUGCUUUCUUUCAUCCGGCUGCGAUCUGCUUUUCGAUUUCGAUGUUAGAGAUUCAUUCCAUAGAAUUGCAAUAUACCUGUAGCAGAUCGUCGACUUUGGCUUUGUUCUUAUUGGCCCAACUGUCCUGGUGAAAUAAUCAGCCUCUGGCUUGUAGUUCACAGUGAUUCAUGACUAUCUAUUAAAUACAAUGGUCUACCCAGGAGCAU